UUCUGUAAAUGAUCCAUGAUCCGAGAAUUCUCUUCGCCUGUUUUGCAACUUGCAGCGUUCCUCUAGCAAGAGUAUAUGGCGAUAUUAUUUUCACAGACAUCCCCCUGCGCCGUAGUGUGUACUUCUGGGGAAGUGUCACUCGCGAAGUGGGACCUAAGGUCACCCGAGGAAAGGAACCUAACUAAGGGAAUAAGGAACCUAACUUUCAGUAUUGUCAGCAAAUCUGCUCCGAGCGGACACUGCUGAUACAGCCGAUGUUUCCCUGCCUAGAAGUUCGCAAUCUGGACUGCACUGUUGUCCUCUGACACAACUAGCUACUUAAAGACUGUGAAGUUGUUAUAACCAUUGGAUGUCGUAAAUAUUGCUUUAACGCAGAAAUGUUGCAGAUCGGAGAUGGGAUUGCUUGUUUCUCGUUGUUGUUCGUCGUGGUGCUCCUCGUAACCAGGAGUGCAGUUUCUUCCGCCAUCCUGACAGCAUCACUGUACUUCUUACUAUUAAUAUUCCGCUAUCCUCAAGUUCCCUCGAGUCGGGUGAGGCAGGUGUUACGACCCAGUAAGACGGUCAAAAACAGCGGCGUCUCUGUGGUGGCUCAUCGGGGUGGUGGACACGACGCUCCGGAGAACACACUUGCGGCGAUUCGGGAGGCUAGUCAGAAUGGGGCCACUGGAGUGGAGCUGGACCUGGAGUUCACGGCCGAUGGGGUCCCGGUGCUGAUGCACGACGAAACCGUGGACCGGACCACCGACGGCUCCGGAGCGCUGAGCAACAUCAGCUUCUCUGAGCUCAGCAAGCUGGACGCCUCGGCCAAACACAGACUCAGGGAGAGGUUUCGGGGGGAGAAGGUUCCCACUCUGCAGGAGGGAGUGGAGGAGUGUCUCAGGCACCAGCUGACCAUUUACUUUGAUGUCAAAGGUCACGCAGACGAGGCGGCCGCAGCUCUGAAGGCGGUGUACAGAGAGAACCCCGUCCUCUACAACUGCAGCAUCGUCUGCUCCUUUGAGCCCUCAGUCAUCUACAAGAUGCGGCGGGCGGACCCGGACGUGGUGACGGCGCUGACACACCGCCCCUGGAGCCUGAGUCACCUGGGCGACGGCACGCCGCGCUUCUCGUCGCCGUGGAAACAUCACUGGAUGCAGGUGCUCGACGUCGUGCUGGACUGGGCCCAUCACAACCUGCUGUGGAACCUGUGUGGGGUCUCCGCCUUCCUGGUGCAGAAGAACUACAUCUCCCAGGCCUAUGUGCAGUACUGGGCAGACAGAGGAGUUGAGGUGGUGAGCUGGACCAUUAACACGGCGGUGGAGAAGCAGUACCACCAGCACCUGCUCAACAUCAGCUACAUCACCGACAGCCUGAGGGAGGACUGUGAGCCUCACUACUGAUCAAAGGUGCACACACACUCACUCACUCACUCACACACACACACACUCACACACACAGACACACAGACAGACACACACACACACACACACACACACUCACUCACACACACACUCACACACACAGACACACAGACACACACACACACACACACACUCACUCACUCACUCACUCACUCACUCACUCACUCACUCACUCACACACAGACACACAGACAGACACACACACACACACUCACUCACACACACACACACACACACACAGUCACACACACACACAGUCACACACACUCACACACAAACACUCACAUACUCACUCACACACUCACACACACACACACACACACUCACACACACACUCACACUCACACACGCACACGCACUCACACUCACACAUCACCGACAGCCUGACCGAUGAUAGGGAACAGCAGGGAGCGUGCACGCACGCACACACCCACACACUAGCCACUGAUUAUAGCAGUACACCAUGCACAUCAGAAACACAAUUUCAUAAGACUCCAUUUCAAAGCCAAAAAGUCCCUCCACUUUCACCAUAUCUCAUACAGUUUUCACCUGUAUGAACUCAUGAGCACUACUGCAGGUAAAGGGCUUCUUGCCCCAUACACAAAUGUUUACUGGCUGCUUCCGUUCAUGUGACCUGUCCUCAUGCAGACAGGUGAGUUUCAACCAAGUUCUAAAGCAAAAUCACACAUGUAAACACAGGGAGUUUAAGGGAUUCUCUAUAGCCUUCAAUAUUACCUCAGAACUGUCGUGUACAGUAUAUACGAAUAUGAAUGGAACCAUUUGGUAACCCUUUACUUGAACCCCGUUAUGCAUUAUACUGUCACGUUGAGUAUGUGACGAGGCCAUGACCGGUCCUAAUCGUGAAUGGCAGCUCAUGACCGAUGUCAUAACCCCAUCAUAAUAUAUGCAGUGACCAUUUUGUAAAAAAAUUUAUAUUUGCUGUAUAAUUAUGGGAGGACAAUCAUCUUGAGCUGUAACGUACUGUUAUGGCAGGCUAUGAUAGGUGAGGCAUCCUACAUGUCUGAAAUAAUUCAAUUAAUUAACUAAACUCUUUAACUGGCAAGUGGGCAUAGUGAGCCAUAAUAUGCAAAAUGGGGUAAUUAUUGGAUGUUCACACAGGAAGAGGUCACAUGAUUCUGAGGAGCCUCCAAUCAGAUUUACUGGAAGCUAAAGAACUCUCCCAAUUGCAUUCUGUUGCUGCUUUUAUGGACUUUUGGGUUAUUUGCUUGUGACGUGCAGACUAUAGAGGUGUGGGGAAUGCGCGUUCAAAGAAGGCUAAUGAAUAUUCUUCCAUGUAACUCUGAGCUAAAUUAUGUGGAUUGUAACUGUUACUAUCUUAGCAGAGUUUAAGAGCUAUUUCACACAAUGUAAGAAAUACAGUGCCUAUAGAACAUCAUCAUACCCCUUUGAAAUAGUUAAUUUAUUUGUCGUGCAGCCUGAAAUCAAAACCCAUUAAAAAAAUGGGCUUUAUUUACAAAUUUUCCCUUACAACAUCAAACUAACGCCAACAUCAAGGGCCUCAGUUCAAUGAAUAAAACAUUAAAACCUAGAAUAUCAGGGUUGGAAAUGUCAUCAGCCUCCCUGACUUAAUACUUUAUAGAGCCACCUUUUCCUGUAAUUACAGCCAUCUUUCUGGGGUGCGUUUCCCAAUACCGGUGUCUCUUGAGCGCUUUGCGAAGACUCUCUAAGGUAUACCUUACUAAAGUUGUUUACUUUUCUAUGUGUGUUCCCCGAACUAUCACUUAGGCGGUUGCUUAAGGGAUAGCUUCUACGUGCGACCUUACUAGGCCCAUCGACUCACUAAUAUCGAUUAUGCACUCCAUGCAGCGACUGCUUGAAUGCGUUAUGAGAGAAAGUAGUGUUGUUUAUGAAUAAAACCGUGCAGGCAUACUUUAAAAUAUUGCAUUUAUCACGACUAUAUACGAAUAUAUUAAUAGAAUUAAAAACUUACAAACAAAAUUAUCCAACCGUAUAUAUAAUAUUUGCCAAAUUUUAUUUACGAUUAGUGAUACGGUUUGUGGCUACGCCAUCUAGGAAUACGCCUUCUUUGGCGUGUCAUGUUUUAUUUACAUUAUUUUAAUAUCUUUUGUGCAAUUGAAAUUGUACUUCCCUGUAGGGUCUUUCAGCGCACUUAGCCCUGGUUAUGGGUAUGCACUCUGUUGUACGUCGCUCUGGAUAAGAGCGUCUGCCAAAUGCCAAUAAUGUAAUGUAAUCUUUGCCAAAAGAAAAAAUGAAUAAAUGGUAAUGGAUAAACAUCGCUCCAGUCGGAAAUUGUCAGUUUAUGAAUAUCAUUUAAAAGGCAAUUAGGCAACAUGGUCAAUAAAGUGCAACAUGAAUCCUUCGUAAUGUACUAUUUUAUUAUUUGCAUGAAAACAGUGCCAUUAAUGUGGUAUUUUAGUAAUAUUAUUAGCUAACUACAACUGUAGAAUUAUUAGUGUACAUAUUGCUUAACAGAUUGAGAUGUCGCCAAGAGCAACAGCUGGUUUCAGAGACUUGCAGUUGUAACAGUGGUUGCCACUAGCGGAGUGAGCUUGUAACGGUCUAGAAAUGUGGUAUGUCUCUUUAAGAGUUGAUGUUUGGGUUGCGUGUGUGCGUAAGCAACGUCACUGCCCCGCGCUUGGCGCGAAGGUCGGAGAGUUGAGCGUUCGCCUACCGACAAAGAGGACAGCUAUUACACAUUCUAUAUUUCUCUUUUAUUGUUAUGAUUUCUAACGGUGAUGUUUUGACGUGUGGCUUCUAUUCUACAUUUAUAUAUAUGAAUAGUGUCCACACGUCAAAACAUCACAAAACAUCUUUGUCGGUAGGCGAACUCUCAAC